AUGGAGCAGGAAGCUGAACAAGCCGUCGGACAGCCUGCAGUUUAUUUGAGUCACAAUAUUUCUCCUCCACAACCUUUAGACCUAAGAAAUAGCGGCGAAGUGGUCGAGAACUUUAAGUUGUGGAAAGAAAAAUACAACAAUUACUUCAUAAUCUCGCGUCUAGAGAAUGAGAGUCCUGCAUUUCAGUUGGCAAUGUUCAAGCACUCACUUGGAGAUGAAGACCUAAAAGUUAUCAAAACAUUUGGAUACAACGAACACAAAAACUCAAGCGACUGGAAAGUGGUAAUGGCAAAACUUGAAGCCCAUUGUAUUGGAGAAGUUAAUGAGACAUUCAAGCGAUAUGUGUUUAACAAACGAGAUAAACUACAAGGCGAAUCAAUCAAUAGCUAUGUUGCUUAGCUGAAGACAUUGGCGAAGACAUGUAACUUUUGCGACUGUUUACGAGAUAGCCUCAUAUGGGAUCGUGUAGUUCUCGGGAUAAAAAAUGAACAACGAAAAAGCUGCUUAGAAUGCAAGAUUUGACUCUGAGUAAAUGCAUUGAUAUGUGUCGAAGUGAAGAGAUUACUGAAAUGCAAAUGAAGUCAAUGAGUGAAACAUCUAAUGACUAUGCUAAUAAGAUCAAGACACAAAGAAGGCGGCAGUACGAGGAAUCAGAAUCGGAUGGUUCAGAGGACAAUGAAAGGAAAACAAAGUCAGUCGAGAAGAAAAUAUCAUGUAAAUUUUGCGGCUUUGAGCACUUGCCAGAUAAGUGAAAGUGUCCAGCCUGGGGAAAAACCUGCAACAAGUGCAAAAGAAAGAAUCAUUUUGCCAAGAGAUGUCGAAAGUCCGCCAUAUACUGCAUAGAAAGUGAGGAGGAAGAAAUUAGCGUCGUGAGAAUUCAAGCUAUGAAAGAGAAAGCGGUAUUUGCGAAGAUGUUGGUCAACAACGUUCAUGUAUAUUUCCAAGUCAACUGUGGCGCCAGCGCGAACAUACUUCCAUACAAGUAUGUGGAAAAGGAAAAGAUUUCUCCAUGUGAUAGAACACUAGUCAUGUGGAACGGUACUAAAGUGAAACCUUUGGGAACAUGCGUCAUUCGAGUGGUUAAUUUAAGAAAUCAGAAGUAUGACGUAAAGUUGUUGAUCGUCAAGGAUGACCUGACUCUGUUGUUAGGUUUGAAGACCACAGAGGAGAUGAGGCUGUUGACGAUUCACAAAGAGAACUUCAUUAGUACUGUGUUUUGUAAGAAAACGGAAGUGGUGCACAAACAUGCUGAAGUUUUUAACGACGAUUUGGGAUGAUUGCCAGGAAUAGUCCAUCUAGAAGUAGACCCAAAUCACAAACCAGUCGUACUACCGGCACGGAAAAUCCCCAUGUCAGUGAGAGAUCAAUUUAUAGUCGAGUUACAAUGAUUAGAGAGACUGGGAGUUAUCACACCUGUCGAAGAACCAACCGAGUGGGUGAGUCAAAUUGUCGUGGCCGUGAAGAAAUCUGGUGCAUUGUGUGUAUGCAUAGAUCCAAAGCCACUGAACGAAGCCCUGGAGAGAGAGUGAUAUCAAAUUCCUGUCAUAGAUGAUUUACUACCUGAUUUAUCAGAGGCUCGUGUAUUUCCAAAGUUGACUUGUCGUCCGCAUUUUGGCAUCUAGAAUUAGACGAAGAACGUUUUCUACCCCCUACGGAAGAUUCUGGUGGUUGCGCCUGCCCUUUGGUUUAAACGUGUCCAGUGAGAUUUUCCAGAAACGUCUCAACCAAGAGCUCGUGGGACUGGAAGGAGUGAGGUGUAUCGCAGAUGACAUCCUUGUCUACGGUACCGACGAGAAAGACCACAACAAGAACUUGGAGAGGCUACUGGAACGGUGUAAAGAAAAGAGCAUUAAGUUGACCAAGGACAAAUUGGAGUUCAAGUGUAAAGAGGUCUCAUUCCAUGGUCAUCUUCUCACCAAUGAAGGUUUGAAAGUUGACCUAGGUAAAGUGAAGGUGAUUAUGCAGAUGCCACAACCCACCACUCCUGAAGAAAUCUUACGUUUGAACAGAAUGGUGAAUUACCUAAGUCGUUUCCUACCCAACCUGUUGGAGGUUAUGAAGCCCUUGCGUGAUCUAGCACACAAAGAGUUGGCGUGGUGCUGGUUGGAAAUACACGAGAAAGCAUGGAAUGAAGUGAAGCAUUUAAUUGCAAUGACCCCAGUCCUCGCGUACUAUAAGCCAUCAGAAAGUCUUGAGAUCCAAUGUGAUAGCAGUCAGACUGGUUUGGGAGUGGCCCUAAUGCAGAAUGGUCAUCCGAUUGCAUAUGCCAGCCGAACGCUAUCUGAGACAGAAACAAGAUAUGCUCAGAUACAGAAGGAAAUAUUGUCCAUCGUCUAUGCGGUCGAGAAAUUUAACGACUACACGUUUGGCAGAAAAGUUACCGUCCACAGUGAUCAUAAACCUCUAGAAAGUAUUUUGAAGAAACCUCUUCACUGA